UGUAAUACAACGCUGCUUUACUUUUCUAAUCCGUUCUUACUCUGUGUGUAUUCUCAGAUGUCAUUUAAAGAGCUGGUGAAAGUGUUAGGGCUGGGAGCCGUAGCUUUCGUUCUGGGUGUGGAGUGGUUAGACUGGCUGACGCGGCGUCUGAGAGUCUCUCGCGGGCCCCUGAAAGAAGUUCUGUUCUUUCCUUCACCCCAUGUCUGUGUCGAGCACCUGUUCACACGCCAUAGACGUUUCCCCUGCGCAUGUCCCCUCCCGCAUGGCAUUGAGACGUCCUUCUCCAGGCUCCUCGAGCAUCUCCUGUCCGCACGUAGGUCACUGGACCUGUGUGUGUUCUCCUUCUCUCACAUGGAGCUGAGUAGAGGGAUUCUCCUCCUGCACAAACAGGGAGUCAUUGUACGAGUCGUUACGGACAGAGACUACAUGACCAUCACUGGAUCUCAGAUCGGCACCCUUCGUAAGGCAGGCAUCUGUGUGAGGCACGAGAUGAGCGCAGCUGUUCAUAUGCAUCAUAAGUUUGCAUUAGUGGAUGGCAAGAAAUUGAUCACUGGCUCCCUCAACUGGACCCUAACCGCAGUCCAGAGCAACAAAGAAAACGUCAUGAUUACAGAGGAGCCGGCGCUUGUACAGCCCUAUCAGCAGGAGUUUCUGAGGCUGUGGGAGGCCAACGAUCCGACCAAUCACAAACCUCAAACCAAGUUGAAACCUAGUUUUGUGAUUUCUGACUGACUGACUUGUUUUAUGAUUUUUUUUAUUUUUUUUUAAAUAGCAAUUUUCAUAUUUGGUUCAAUAUGAUUA